GCCGACUUUCUUGGUCAAAUAGAACUAUCCAGUCACUAUGAGCUCUAAGGUCGAAGAUAAAACUGAGCUGCUUAAGCAGCCACUCCAUGGGAUUUAUAUUCCAGUGAUCUUAGUUAUUGUUGGGAUUUGCAUCAUGAACGUUGACUAUUUACCGCAUGUUUUAGUUCUUCUCGUGUCCUUAUUGGGUUUUAGAUUAUUUAAUGCUUAUAACAGAAGAAGAUCAUUGGAUGAGAAAAAAUGGAGAUCUUUAGAACUACUUGAUAAGACCAUUAUUUCAAGAAAUACAGCUAUUUAUCGUUUUGGAUUGGUUAGAGAAGAUGAAGUGUUGGAAAUCCCAGUUGGUCAUCAUGUUGCAGUUAAAGUUGAAGACGAAAUCCGUCAUUACACUCCAAUCUCUUCUAAAUUUGAUAAAGGAUUCUUUGAUAUUUUAGUGAAAUCCUACCCAGAUGGUAAGGUUUCCAAGAAAUUUGCUGAAAUGAAACCAGGUCAAUUUGUUGACUUCAGAGGCCCAGUUGGUAGAUUUAGUUAUUCCACUAACCAAGUUAAAGAAAUUGGUUUAGUUGCUGGUGGUUCAGGUAUCACUCCAAUCCUACAAGUGAUCAGUGAAAUCACCACUACCCCAGAAGAUUUCACAAAAUUAUCAUUGAUUUACGCCAACGAGACUGAAAAUGAUAUUUUGUUAAGGGAAGAAAUUGAAGAAUUGAAUGCUAAAUACCCAAACAUCGAUAUCCAUUUGACUUUGACCCACCCACCAGCAAACUGGGAAGGUGAAACCGGUUAUGUUACCAAAGAAAUGGUUCAAAAAUACUUGCCAAAACCUUCUGAAGAUUCAAGAAUUCUAGUCUGUGGUCCUCAAGGUAUGAAAACUUUAUUAAUUGACAUUACCAAAGAAUUAGGUUUCACUGAAGCCAAAAUGCCAUCAAAAGGUAACGAUCAAGUGUUUAUCUUUUAAAAGACACACUACUAGAAGAAUAUAAUUAAUAAAG